CCGUCAGUGUACAGGCUGCUGCUGUAAUGGCGGGUAAAAGAGGAGCUCUCAUCGUGCUGGAGGGUAUGGACAGAGCCGGGAAAACGACACAGUGCAAGAAACUGGUUCAGGCUUUACAACAGAGCAACCGACCCGCAGAUCUGAUCACAUUCCCCGACAGGACCACACCAAUUGGGCAGCAGAUCAGCGCCUAUUUGAAGAGCGACACAGAUUUUGAGGACCACGCCGUGCAUCUGCUGUUUUCUGCAAACCGCUGGGAAAUGCAUAAUGAAGUUAUUCUGACCCACAGACCUUUGAUGAAAAGGAAGUUGGAGCAAGGAGUCACUCUGGUUGUGGACAGGUACGCCUUCUCUGGAGUUGCUUUCAGCAGUGCAAAACAAGGUUUCAGUAUGGACUGGUGCAGGAACCCUGAGGUGGGACUGCCAAAGCCAGACCUUGUUCUCUAUCUACAGCUCAGCCCUGCUGAGGCUGCUCUCAGAGGUCAGUUUGGAGAUGAAAGGUAUGAGACCAGUGCUUUCCAAAAAGCAGUUAAACAGAAUUUUGAACAGCUGUUGAAGGAUUCUUCAGUGAACUGGCAGGUAAUCGAUGCUUCUCAGAGUGUUGAGGAUGUGCACAAGGACAUCACAGACCGCAGCCAUAAAGCCAUCAUCAGAGCUCAGAGUCUGCCACUUGGAGAGCUUUGGAAGGAAAACUUGAACCAGUCUGGGUGAAACAGCCAUUUUAUGGAAUGAGAUUUAGUUUUGUGUAGUAACUAAAUCACUCUUUUAUACUUUAAAUAUCACAAUUAAAUUUGUAUAACUUUCAAA